CAAUAACAGGAUGUCCAUAUAACACAACAGUCAAAGUCAAGAUCGUUAGCUUAAAAGAAGAACGAGGUAGUUCAAACAAAUCGAAUCAUAAAAACGAAGAAAAUGAAUUUGUUUUUAGGUUAUAAAAUUGUUUUUGAAAGCUUUGAAUUUGAAAGUAUUUUGUAGAAAUUUUGUAUUUUACAUUUUUCAAGUGAAGAUGAGUAAAGUUCAAAAAGCAAAAUACAAACCUUUCAACAGAAAACAAGGAAGAUCCAGUUUGGAUAUUAAUUUAAAAGGAUUUUUAUGUAGUUGUAACAGCAGAGAAAAGGAGUGCAUAUAUGAAGCUUACAAUUUAUUAAAUAAGUAUGCGGAUAUACUAUACCCGGCACAACCAGAACCAGAAGAGACGCCUGAAGACAAUACCAAUAACUCUGAACCAUCAAUAGAAGAUGAACUGCAAAAGGAAAUAUCUGCACUAAAGUCAAAGAAAAAGAGGUUUCAACAGGUGGAAUCUGGUGCCAAAAAUUUUCUUUUCAUUAAAACCACCUUAGAGAACCCUGUAGAAUUAGUACAUAAAAUUGUAUCAGAUAUCAAAAUUAAUAAUACUGCUCAGACAAGAUUUUUGAUAAGACUAAUUCCAAUUGAGGUAACCUGUAAAGCCUAUGUUAAAGAUAUAUGUACAGCAUUUGAACCUCUUGCCGAAAAAUAUUUUAAGGAGAGUCCCACCACAUUUUCAAUUGUCUAUAAUCACAGAAAUAACAGUAAUGUUAAUAAAGAUGAAUUACUGAAAGCAGUAGCCGAAAUAGUAUCAAAUGCUAAUCCCAGCAAUAAAGUUGAUUUAAAAAAUGCCAACGUAUCUAUAAUAAUUGAAGUUGUUAGGAGCAUGGCAUUAAUUGGGGUAGUUCCUGAGUUUUUUAAGUAUAAGAAAUACAAUUUAUUGGCAAUUUGUGACACAGAACAAGUUGUAGAUCAGCAGAAGGAUGAACCAACUGAUGAGCAAAAUGAAUAAGAGUAUUAGAAAGAAAAUUUAAAUCUUAUUCUAUAAAUAUAAUAUGGACCUGUAAUGUUCUCUAAACAUGAUUUAUAUUUUUAUUACAAAUAUUUGUCAAUAACUGUUGAAUUUGGAGUAUUUUCUGUUUACUUCAUUAAUAAAUCUUUUUUUCAACAAUUA